GGGAUGCUCUAGCUCUUCGAUCACUGCUCAAUCAAUUUGAGAAUGACAGCUGGGCACUUGCUCCGUUGUGCGGGCGAGGUGAAGUCGCGCUGAAUGAAUGCAUGUUGUUCUAUAAUUGCGUAUUUGCUACAGGAGAGACAAUGUGAGUGAAAAAACUUUCGCGAAAGCUCAGAGAGAGCACGAGAUCGAGAGGAGACCUAGAAUCUGACGGACCACAGACAGUGUUGAAAUUUAUCAGUUGGAAUCGUUGGGGUGCAGCUCCGUGUGCAACAUUUCUACUAGCGACCAAGUAGUUACGGGUUGGCGUUGAUUCGUGUCGAUUUAGUACGUUGGAUUCUUGUCAACAUCCGCACGGAACUUAUUAUCUAAGAGCCUACUUCUGUUUUUCUUUCUGCAAGUACGAAAUCUGCUACGAAAUCUGAGGAGAGAAGAAGAGCUUGUAGUUUUGAAUAAGGACGACGAAAGUGCCAUUAUGUAAAUGUUCGAGGAGAGUAGACUUCUACGGGAAAAAGGGUUUUGCCUGUUUCUUUAAACAAUUGUGAAAAUAAAUCUCGAAAUAGGUUCUCAGUACAAGAGGGUUCUGCGUACGUAUCGUGGUGUAGUUUUUAGUUAAGCUCCCGUAUCAACGGAAAGAUGGAGGUGGUCGACAUCGAAAUGGGACUUCGGUUCCUCAGCAGUCAGGGUUACACCCUCAACGUCGCGGAGAUUGCCAUGCUUACUGCCAGUACUGUUUCUGUUUCAAAUAUAUCGGAUACUGUCUUGUGGGUGCUGUUUGUUCUCUUUCUGGUUUCUGCUCUGCGGCGAGGCAUGACCCAAGCGAUUCAUUGCAACUACAGUACUUUUCUCCUUCUCAUUCAACAGGUCUCUCGAAGCUUCAAGCAGACGAGAAAUACGGUCGGAUUUUCUUCUGGGGUAAAAUCUUCGGAAAGACUCAGGACUACUACAUCGCUUACGGAAUCCGGGACAACGAUAUCGAGUUCCCCUCAAAACAGUUCUACUGCGCGUACUGGAUGUUUUUUCCAAUUUGAAUUUUCUCAUCAAGCCUGAACAUAAGCAAAGGAAUGAAGAGACACGGUGCCACCAUUCGUCUGUGAAUUUUGUCGACCUCUUUGUUCAUUCCUCAUAUCAACAGGACGGGCGAGACCUUUACGUUCGGCGAUUUGGCUUUGCUAACGGACGACGAGAAGGCUAUGAUCGAAACUUUUCCAGCGGAGACUCCCUUCAGCGGUGAACCAGACUGCUUGCUCUUCCCAAAAAAAGAGGGUAUAAGUACUGGAUAUUUAGUUUUUCUUUCAUGCACAAUGAUUUUUUUGCAUUUGCUGCUGGAUCUAGUUGCAAUUUGAAAUCCAAAUUUCGCAAUAUUUCGCAGAUGACCCAGAGGAGAUGGAGGAGAGCCCGAUCACCGAGCUGCACAGGCUCUCGUACACCAUCGGCGCCAUCGACGCCGAGACCUCGGUAGUACCAGCAACCGCCUUUGUCCUCAACGACGCACACCAGGUCGUCCCAAGUGCGGAGUACGCAGGCCUGAGCUGGUCCGAACUCACCGAUCUCGGCAGCUUUGCGCAUUUCAGGCCGGCAAGCGACGUAUAGAUGUCGAGUUCUUUUUUAUUUGUAUUGCUAUUGUGUGAGUUUCUUGCAUAUGAAGAAGUGCUUAGUAAGUACUAGGUUCCUUGUUGCACCCCUACCGCAUGACAAUGACUAGAUGCUCUCAUCGGCGGCAGGUGGCAUGAUCAUGAUCAAUUUUCCUUGCUGAUUGAAACUCCACAGAUCGGCAAGCAGCGCGCAAUGGCAAAGGACGACGUGGAAUGGAAGAACUCGAACUUUCUGGACCGCCUGACCACGAGCCUGCCAACGGGGUGCUGGGCAAUGCGAUCCGACGCUACCGUCAGCUCGGUAAAUGAAGAAUAAGCGCACAAUCAAGAACAGUAGAGUACUUGUGUCGAGUACAGAUGUUUUUCUUCACAGAUCUGUUGCCGGCUUUUCUUCAUUGCGUAUUUGUUCUGAUACUGAUUUUUGUCACAAAAAAAACAUGAUGUUAACAGGUACAACUGCGAUCCCUGAUGUGGCCGGGCUACGUGUUCUACGCUGUGGCAGAAAAGAGGUACUUCGGCUCUGUCUACAUCGGUCAUGGUCUGCAGAACUCUGACUUGCCCUUCCUGCUCUAAGUAGCGAGAGUAAUAGCAGGUCGCGAAAGAAACACGAAGCGAUGAUUCGCGAUGAAAAAGUAAGAAGAAGCAAGAUACGCAUGCGCAACAAAAAGAGUCACCAAAGAAAUGCUAGUAGCCAAGAGAACAGAUAAACCUCAGGACCAUGGCCAGCUUGAUUAGACUUAGCAGAACGUCACCAGACAAAGGAAUAUUGGAACCGAGAACAGAUUUUAUCGAGAAUAGCAGCAGCAAAGGAACUUCAGAGCCGAUUCUGAAAGAGCCGAGAACAGUGAAUCAAUAGCACAAAUGAGAGCCGCGACGUGAAUAGUCGAAAAUUAAUCCUGCAUUUCGCGCCGAUUCUUACACUAAAUUAUUCAUUGUACUAAAAUUUAGAGCGUGUGUGUGACGGAAUGCGAUUCGAAGUUUAUAUGCUUUGGCAGAUUAGGAAAUGCGGAUAAUGUUGAUUGCAACGGAUUAGUGCAGCCUGCACUUGUACAGCUUCUGAAUAGUUUUAGAAAAUGAAAUAAUGGGCUCUUCCAGCGGAUCCCAACAGUAUUGAAAAGUCACAGGCUUGACUAGAU